AUGAGUGAUAAAAAAGGAGUUAAAGAAGAAAAGAAACCGGUAGUUGUUAAAGAUGCAACUGAUUUGCAAAGAUUCCGCCUCGAAAAACUUAUGAAGAAUCCAGAAAAGCCAGUAUUGAUACCAGAACGACGCAAGGAAAAAACCCUACCUCCACCACCCGACUUUGUUCGGAAUGUAAUGGGUUCCAGUGCUGGUGCUGGAUCAGGCGAAUUUCACGUUUACAGACAUCUCAGGCGAAAGGAGUACGCACGGCAAAAGUUUAUACAAGAAAAGAGUGAAUUGGAAAAACUAGAUGACGAAUAUCACAUGAAAUUAGAUGAAAACAAACGAAAAGCAGAGGAAAGAACUGCAAAGAAAAGGGCAAAGAGAUUAAAGAAGAAACAAAAGGCUAAACAGAAAGCAAACCAACCCAAACUUAAUACAGAAGACAAGUCUUCUCAGUCAGGUAGCGAUAGUGGUUCUGAAGAUAAAAGUGACAGUGAAAACAGCCCAAAAGAUACAGCUACAAUCAAUGCCGAUCAGAAAGAACAAACCAAUGUUGAAUCUUCAUUACACCGAACAUAA